AUGAAUAUUAAUCGUCAUGAUAACGAUAACUUGCAAGAGAAUAAUGAAGAGCUUAAGGUGGAGCAAGACAUUAAUGAAGAACAUAUGGAGGAGAACACGAUGUUUAAUUCGAAUGAUGCAUGUUUUGACUUUGUUGGACAUUUCUCGACACCUAAUGACUUGAGCGAGAUGCUAUCCGUCGACCACAAUUUGCAGGUCCAUAAUUCGCGUUUAAGCGAAGAUUUUGAGAGGGGUACAAACUUUAUCUCAAGUGACGAGGUUGGCGCUGUUAGGGUGCCCUUGCUCGGGCAACCAAUUAGAAUGGAAACAAGAGAAACUGGCGUUGUUAGGGCGCCUUUGCUCGGGCAACCAAUUGGAUUGGAAACAAGAGAAGUUGGCAUUGUUAGGGCGCCCUUUCUCGGGCAACCAUUUGGAAUGGAAACAAGAGAAGUUGGCGUUGUUAGGGUGCCCUUGGCCGAUGAUGGUAGUCAACUAAACAUGAAUAUGAUUAAGCAUAUGGCAACUCUAGCAAUAAAAGAGCUUGAUCAAUUGGCUCAAAUGAGAGAACCUAUGUGGAUUCCAAGUGUUGCUGAUAGCACCGGCUAUGAGUUGAACGAGGGCGAGUAUUAUAGGGUUUUUGCAAGUGGAUUCGGCACUCGAAUUUCAACACUCAAAAGCGAGUCGUCCUUCCAUAAUCAUUGGAAGAAAAUCUUUAAUGUCAUUGUUUCUAAGGCUAUCACUUUUGAAGUCUUCCCAACUAGAAUUGAAGGAAGUCAUGACGGGGCCUUGCAAGCUAUUUACGUAGAUCUGCAUGCACUUUCUCCUCUUGUGCCGGCCCGUUCGAGUAUCUUAGCAAGACAUUGCAAGCAACUCGGAGUAGGAAGGUGGGGAAUCGUUGAUUUUUCAAUUGACAUCAUUGUACGACCACUCAAUGAAGUUAAAUACAAAAGAAGGCCUUCUGGAUGCAUAAUUGAAGAUUUUUGCAACGGAUUCACAAAGGUGACGUGGAUAGAGAAUGUCGAAGUGGACGAAAGUGGCUUUCAUACAUUGUAUAAGCCUAUAGUCAAUUCCGGCUUAGCAUUUGGCGCCAAACGCUGGCUAGGCAUUCUCGAGAAGCAAAUAAAUCGUCUCUCUAUCGACCAUUUCAAAGCCCUACCCCCUAAUGACAUGGUGGUGACUAGCUUGGAAAGAAAACAUGUCAUCACUCGAUUGUCGGAGAGGAUGGUAGAAACUUUUAUCAUUGGAGUGAGUUCGGUUGUGGACCAUCCAUGGAUUAAUAUAAAUCUGGAUUCAAUCGUAAAGCCAGAUGGAAUGAGAAUCCUUAUGCUAAGGAAUACCGAUAAUCCAGAUUUUCCGGUAGGUAUUGUGUUAGCCGCUGCCAUUUCCUUUUGGCUGCCUGGGUCGCCGACGAAUGUAUUUAACUUUCUCCGAUCUAAAGAAACAAGAACUAAUUGGGAUGUUCUUUCAAAUGUUGCAAAUUUUGAAGAAAUCUCACAUAUUGUGGUAGGACAAGAUAAAGCCAGCUACAUCUCAUUGUUACAAAUGAGUAAUGAUCUGUUGAUGCUGCAAGAGGUUAAUUGGGAUCCUCUAGGAGCUUACUUGAUAUAUGCCCCCAUUGACAUUAACUCCCUUAACAUGGCGUUGAACGGAGGAAAUUCAAAGUAUGUGCCAAUGCUUUCUUCGGGUUUUGCGGUUGUUCCUUUCUGUGGUGCCACCGACAACAUUGGAAGUGGCGGCGGUUCAUUGGUGACCGUGUCUUUUCAGUUUUUGCCCGAUAUUCGUCCAACUGCUGCGCUUGAUGAGAGUUAUAUUAAGAAUGCUAUUAACUUGGUUAACUGCACCAUGGAUAGGAUUAAGACAUCGCUAAUAUGA